AUGAACUAUUUUACACGAGAAAAAUAUAUUUCCAAUACAAGCAAAAUUUCUCAAAAAAUAAUCCAACUUAAUAAAACUAUUCAUAAAUAUCCUUUUUUAUUAUUUGGUAUGCCUUUCAUAACAAUAAUAUUAGGAGGAGCCUAUGUAUUAAGUAUAUCUCAACAAUUUCGUUAUGACAGUAGAGAUCAAAAGAUAACACAAAUUUCAGAAGAACAAGCUCUAGGGAUAAAAAAAAAUCGACGAAAAAUAAAUAUUAAAGACGAAUAUUAUAAACUUCAAAUGAACGAAAUGAUGUUAGAUAAUUGGGAACAAGUUAGAGUCAAAAGGUUUCCAGGGGAACCAGAAAAUAUAUUAUCCUCUCAUUCAUAAUACAUUGUCUGAUAAACUCUACAUAACCCUAAUAUAAGAACUCAACAUACAUUUUUAAAAAAGACACCUUAUUAAUUAUGAAUCUCAUAUUCCAUUAAUUCUUUGUCAUCAUAACUAAUAAAUCUGCCACUUAGUUCUUUCUUUGCAUUUAAAGCUAAAUUUACAAUAAUUCUUGCAAUUUUUUCUGGCGGAAUCAAUUGACCUGUUUGAUAAAGAUCCAUAAAUCUAGUAUGCAUAUCCUUAUCUAGAUUUGAACUGUCUAUAUACAAUUUAGAAUAUAUCAUUUAAAAAAAAUAAUACAAUUUUCUCUUAAAGAUGUUUGCAUCUGUGUAUCUACCACUCCAGGUCGAAAAGAAAUAGAAGUAAUUGAACUUUCUUCGGCCGCCUAUUUUUUAGAAUUUUAAAUAUUAUUGUAAAAAAUACUACCAGAACAGAAGAUAAAUGAUUCAUUGCAGCCUUUGACCCACUAUACGCACCCAUGCUCUAUAACUUUUAACACUGAUUUUUUACAAAAUUAAACAAAAAACCUUAUACGGUUUUAUAGACGCACCAGAAGAAAUAAAAAUUACUCUACCACAAAAUGACCGUAAAUAUGGAAUUGCACUUUUCAACUUUUCCUCUUAAUUUUUCAGAAAAUCCAAGAAAAACCUACUAUAUAAAGAAGAGAAAAGUAAUUCACAUCAAAUAAAGCUUUCCAUGAAUUUACAUCAAUAUCAGCAAUUUUUCCAACAGGCUCUAUAGCUGCCGCAUUCAGAAUAAGAGAAUCUAAUCGUCCAAAUCUUUCUAUCGCCACAUUAACCGACCUGACAUUUGUUUUCUCAUCUUUAAGAUCUCCUUCAACAAUUGCUAUCCGAGACUCAAAUUUCUCUUGUAAUGUAGCUAAAGAUGAUCUAGAUCGUACUACAGCAACUACGAAAAUAUAUUUAUAACUUUCAAGCAAUUCUUCUACAAUUGCUCGACCAAUCUUUUAAAUAAAUAUCAAAAAAUUUGCUUAAUUUUCUUUAAAAAACAUACCCCUCGUGAAGCACCUGUUACAAGACUAAACUUAAUAUUAGAAACAUAUCCAUAUUAAAACGCACUUAAAAAACCAAUAAAAAAGCUUA